CUAAUUUUCAUAAUUGACGGCGGGUGUUGUAAAUAUACUACUGUGGAUUAAUAUAUGUAUAGCAAAUGCAUUAUUUGCUAAAAACGCAAAUCGGACGGCGAACGGAUUAACAUCGCCUGUACAUUUACAUUGGGCAGAUUUGCCGACACGCCAUUUGUUUCCGAUAAGUAUCCGAUAUCGGUGUGCUGGUUCGAUGGUUUUUGCCUAGGGGAAUUUAAGCUUUGAUGACCAAUUCUUCAUGCCCACUACAAUAAUAAAGAUUAAUCAUGUUAUUUCCCAGAAGUGAACCAGAACCAUUCUAGAAAUGGAUUGUUUCGGCCGUCUAGCCAAAUGUAGCCUUAAGUUCUUCAACAUUAUUUUCAUGGUGUCGGGGAUUGGAGUCAUUCUAGUCGGGAGUUACGCAAAAUAUCAAAUUGACUAUUCUUACAUGAAGCAUAUUUUGGAUCCCGAAGUAAACACCGGAUAUGACUCUGCCUGCAUGGUUCUCAUCAUCUUUGGUGUCGUCGUUCUUCUCAUUGCUGUAUUCGGCUUCUUGACUGCCUGUCUGCCAGAGAGAUGUUCUUACGGAAAGAAAUUCUUCGGCGGAUUGUACAUCUUCUUCCUAUCGCUGUUAUUAAUAGGUGAACUUGGAGGUGGAAUAACAGCUGCAGUUUUCAAGGGAAAGAUAGACGAUCAGUUGCCAGACAUUCUGAAAAAGUCGCUGGGUUCGCAUUAUAAGCCAGGCCUUAAUCUGCAGGCAAAGGCUUGGGACUAUGUGCAAGUCUGGUUGACUUGUUGCGGCUCAAAAGGGCCUCAAGAUUACUAUGGAUCACAUUUCAACGACACGAACCAACACGUACCAGACACGUGCUGCGUCAUGACAAAUAAUGAUCCGGAACUGCCCCAUGUUAAGAACUCUACAGAAUGUCAACUUGAGGCCUAUCAGAUACAACAUAACGCUACUUCCACUUCUGAUUUCAUCAAGAAAGAGGGUUGCUAUACUUCGUUUGAUUCGCAAAUUAAAAGUCACGUUGCUCUGUUAGUUGGCGUCGGAGUGGGCAUUGCCAUGCUAGAGUUGCUCGGCAUUUUACUGGCCUGUUACUUGAUAAGAAAGGGACACGACAAUUACGACGACGAUGAUGAUGAUGAUCAUAAUAAUGAUGAUGAUAAUGAUCCAAGGGGUCUUGAUGCUGAUGAUGAAUCUACAAAUAAUAAUGAUGAUGAUAAUGAUACAAGGGAUCGUGUUUGUACAAAUGAAACGUUGAACUGUGUAGGUUGUAUCUGACCGAGUAUGUAGAAAAGAUAACAUGUAAACAAGUAUAUUGCAUGUGUUGCCCUUCAGGACAAACUUUAGACAGUUGUAAUUUUUAACAAUUUGUCAUACAUUUUACUAUUUUCUUUUGUAUUUAAAUUGUAAUAGGAAUUUCAUGUCAAGGAAAUCACAUAUUUGCGUAAGUAGUCGAAGCAUUUUUUCCAAAUACGAAUAAUAAAUAACUAUAAAUGCAUGUAAUGUGCUUAAA